AUGACUCCCCAGCAACAAGCGUACAUGCGUCCUCAGAGCGCUUUCACCGAGCAUCUUCCUCCCGGGAUCUCGGCCGCCCAGUCUCUCACUUCGUUGAUGCAGCAGCAGGGCCACAGCCGCCAAUCAUCUCGAUUCAGCUUUGCCAAUGAGAGUGCCAGCAAUGCUGCCACGAUCCAGAUUGCUGCCAACCCCAGGAUCAUGGCCCAGCAAAAGGCGAUGAUGCCUACCUCAUUCCCUUCCCAGCAGGGCAGUCAGUACUACACCAGCUCAGUCCCUGGCCCUCCUCCGGGCCUCAAGUCUACUGGGACUCCCCAAGCAUGUUCGGGCAAGGCCCAUCUUUUGGCGGGUCACCUUUGGUGCCGCACCCAAGGACACUAA